UUGAACUGUUGGUUAGCCCCAUCCUUAUAUUCUUGAAUAGUUACUUCCUAAUUGCACACACAUCCUGUGCGACUUAUUCUUUUCUUCUACUAUUGCCAUUCUUCUUGUUAAAGCUUAAUUGUUUAUUUUGUCGCUUCCACGAUACGCAUACGCAUACGCAUACGCAUACACAUACAUAGUUAAUAUCAACAUGUCAACCCCUGCAACUCCCAUCGAGCACUCGCUGCCGCACCGCAGCACAACCGUGCGCAGCACCCUGACCUCCGCCACCAGUGAUGACGAGGGCGUUGUCGGCGAGGAUACCAGCGAGACUACUCGCCUCCUCCUCGAGCGUCUGCAGGCCUGGAAGCAUAUGUGCGGCUAUCUAGAGGAGUAUAUUGAUGCGACUGCCAAGAUAUCCAAGUCUCAGGCGAAGGAUUAUGAAAAGAUUCUGAAGACAGUCAGCAAUCCCCUCAAGGAAGGCCACCAUUUUGAUCAGGAUCUCGACGGUGUCGUGGGCUUGUUUGAGAAUCUACGCAACAACACACGGGGCGUCUCCAACAUGUACCUCGAAACGGAGCAAAACCUGAAAGGCCAAGUGUCACCCAUCCUCGAGCGUCUCCACAAGGAAAUUAAAAACAAGACCAAGGAGCUCAAGGGUGGCGCGCUCAAAGGCUCCAAGGCCGUUGACAAGGCCAGAAACGUUACUCAGAAGCACAUCGAGCUUCUCGGCCAGUACGCUGCCGCCCACGAGUCGGCCUCACACAACAAAAUCGAGGCGUACAAUGACCCGUACGUGCUGCGCCGCGGUAUCAACCACCGCCUCAACAAGCAAAUCAUCGAGGAGAACAAUAAUCGCAAUGACAUGAUCACGGUGCAGAACUCGUUCGCGCAGUUCGAGGCCCACGUCAUCGAAACCGUGCAGCACGCCAUGAGCACCUUCUUCCAAUUCAUGGGCGGCCAAUUCGACCGCCAGCGAGCAAUGUACGGCGAUAUCGUCGGCAGCGCCCAGAAUAUGCCGCUUGACUAUGAAUGGACGCGCUUCGUCAGACGCAACGACGGGAUCAUGAUCGACCCGGACCAACCACCCAGAACGCUUAGCAGCAUCGCCUUCCCCAACCAGAGCCAUGUCGCCACCAAACCCGUUAUCGAAGGCACCUUGGAACGGAAGUCGCGUGCUAUUAUCAAAGGGUUCAGCACGGGAUACUAUGUUGUCACGCCGGCCCGAUAUCUGCAUGAGUUCAAGGACAACGACGAUUUCCUUAAGGACCCUAACCCGGAACUCUCCCUGUACCUGCCAGACUGCGUGAUUGGUGCAAUUGACGGCGUCAAGUUCAACGUCAAGGGCAAAGACGUGUCAGGCGGUAAAGUUGGCAACGCAUUCUCAACUACCACCGAGCUGCAAUUCAAAGCCCACACUCCGAACGAUGCCGAGAAGUGGUGGCGCGUCAUCAAGGACUCCACUCGCGUUGCCAGCCCUGUCGCUGAGAAAUCCAACCCAGUGUCCCCAAUCGCUACAACCCCAGCUGCAAGCCGAAAUGUUAGUGCGACGUAUCCGCGGGACGAGAAGGCGUCGCCGCAGGAACUUCCACCUGCUGAAAGCACCAAGGCUGUUGAGUCGGAGCCUGGGACGGGCGUGAAACGUAGUGCUAGCCACUACCACGGAUCACCUGGGGGGACUGGGGUUGAGAAGAUCUGACCUUCUUCUUCUUCUUCUUCUUCUUCUUCUUCUUCUUCUUCUACUUCUCCUUUUUGAAUCUCGUUUUGUAUAUUGACCAGCUACAUACUGCACUAAUUUUGGGAUACGACUUAAUAUUGCAUGCCCUACUUACAAUCAAAUCUAUAUUUCACCACCGUCCAACAACUACACCUCUUUUAAUCUAUACUAAGAACUAAUCCCAGGUCUCUCCCACCUCAACACCACAAUAUCCCUCUUACCCCCUCCCCUACUCUCCGCCAAC